UACCCUUAGCAUAUGACAUCCACAAUUUAUAUUUUUUUUAGGAAUAAAAUAAAAGGGUUUCAAACCUUCAAUUCACUAAGCUUCAUUUUGGCCAUAAGAAUGGAUGGGUGAAAUGAAAACGUGAAUUUUUCCUUCAAUUUUAGAUGCACUAAAUUCAAAAGAGAGGAAUGUAGAGGUGGCAAAAACAGAUUUGACCUCUUGCCGCUAAGAGCAACUCCAAUGCCAAAUUUCUUAUUUGGUUGCUUAACACCCUAUUCAGCACUAUUCUACACUAUUUCUGUGGGCCCGUACUGCCACAUCAGACUUAAGGAACUCCUAAGAAACUGAUGAAGCAGAUUUGGCUCCAAUCCAUGGUUUCUUAAAUUACUAUUUGAAGGGUCCCACUAUACAACAUAAAUUUAUAAUAUUUAUUUUCACCCAAUUUAAAUUUAAAAUUUAAUAUUAAAUCAACACUUCAAUUAAAAACUAAUUCAAUUAAUAUUUAUACUCAAAACCGGUAAAACCGGUCAAUUUUCACGCCCAAACGGGCAGAAAACCGGUUCCAGCCGGUCAAAACCGGUCUGGACCGGUCCAUAACGAGCAGAAAACCGGCUCAGCCGGUUACCCCCUAUAAAUACUAUUUUUCCUCACUCACUCUCCAUUCCUCCUAAAACCCUAGCCGCUCCUCUUCUUCUUCCUCUCUUCUCUCACGCUCUCUCACCUUCUCCUGACUUCUGAGUUCAAAUCAAUCCCUCUUCUUCUUCUCCGGCAGCUCCUCCCUCUUCUGAGUUCAAAUCCACCCUCUUCCUCCUCUCUGCCUCACUUCUCCUUUUCUGCUUCCUCACGAUGCCUCUGCUUCUCCUUCCUCUCUCCCUCACUUCUUCUCCCUCGAUCUCUCUGGUCCACGCCUCCAAAGCCCCAGCCGAUCACCAAACAGAAACCGCCGCCACCAAACAACCACAUGCAGUCACCAUCGGCCACCAAACAACCACCACCGCCACCAUACAACCUCAAUCCGACCCCCACAACCCCUGUUUCAUAGCUUCAAAGCCUUGAAACUUGCAAAAAUCCUUCCUUUUCACACAUGCAAGGGGAAAUACUUUCAGAUCAGAGCUUCCAGAACUUUACCAGAGAAGAUUUUUUAUUUAUUUAUGUAAAUAUCAAUUUUUGUGUUUUAAGUUUCAAUUUCUUCAUGUAAAGUUUCAAUUCAUUCAAUAAAAUUGCAAUUUUCGUCCUCUGAUUAUGUCUCUGUUGAACUUGAAUUGUUCAAUUUCAUCCUUUCUGUUAUGUUUGCCUCUGAAAGCUGUUGGGGGAGUGAGAGAAAAUAGAUUAUUUUAGUUAAGAAACUGAAAAAGCAAAGUUGCUUGCAGAAGCAACCAUGCACUGUAGUUAAGAAAUUGAAACUGCCAACUAAGCAAGCUCCAAUGGGUUGAAAAGCUAAGAAACGGUUCUUAGCAUCUCCAGCUGGUUUAAGAAACCACCGUUGGAGAUGCCUAAUCCAUCAGAGAGGAAAAAAACUUUGGUACAUUCGUAGCACCGAACAUUUAGUACUCCCCUAGUAUGUGGGAUUUUAGGAUGAAAGAAAUAUUUUUUUUCAUUUUUCAUUUUUGAAGUAUUUUACCAUUUUAUUCAUUUUUUGAUGUGUUAAAUUACUCUUAUAAUUCUAACUCGGUGGGGUGUAGACUAAAAAUAUCUUUAAGAGUGAGGCUCAUAAGAAUCGAACUCUCAACCUCCGACCGUUAUAAAUCCCUUCAUCAUCGUUGAUGCGAAGCCCCAAUUGCAACCUCUGAAUUUCGCUGCAUUCAUUGCAUCAGACCGUGACCUCGCCCUAAAAAGAGUCUCACCUCAUCGCAGUCAGAAUCAACACUUCACUAACAUCAUCUCGUCACGAAGAAUUGAGAUAGGUUUUAAGAGUUGCUUAACCAUUUCAAUAGUUUAAUCUCAAUCAGUCAUUAGUCAUUACUAUAUCAAUGGUUAAUAAUACGUAUACUAUCAUUACAUGACUUAUUUUCAUAUGUAUAUUACACGGCACCAAAAUAUACAAGGCUAAAACUACUAGUAUACAUCCUAUGAGAAUACAUUUUUUCAUUAAACAUGUAUGCCGCAUGUAUUGAUUUUAAAUAUUAACUAUGCCAUAUACAUCUAAAAAUUAUCCAUAUAUUUCAUUAACUAGAGCCCCAUCAAAGGGCAACUAUGUAAUCCUACCUUGAGGUAUGUCUUUGUUGGCCCCAUUUUGGCUUCCUUCACUUUCACAUAUUUCAUACAGAGUGAGACAUGCAAAUAGUUCCAGACAAGACAUCCAUGGAUUCACCUCCUCUGCACAUAGCCAUGUUUCCAUUGUUUGCCAUGGGCCACCUUACCCCAUUUCUCCAUCUCUCCAACAAAUUAGCAAACAGAGGCCACAGAAUUUCCUUCUUCAUCCCCAAAAGAACACAAUCCAAGUUAGAGCAAUUCAACCUCUACCCAAACCUCAUCACCUUUCACCCCAUCAAUGUCCCUCAUGUUAAUGGCCUUCCCAAUGGUGCUGAAACCACUUCAGAUGUGUCCUUCUCUCUAGCUCCACUCAUCAUGACAGCAAUGGAUCACACUGAAAAAGACAUUGAGCUUCUCCUCACUCAGCUAAAUCCUCAAAUCGUUUUCUUUGAUUUCACCCAUUGGCUUCCCAAUUUGACUCGCAGAUUGGGCAUCAAAUCUUUUCAAUACUCCAUUAUUAACCCUGCUACAGUUUCUUAUGUGAGAUCCCCAGCAAGGUUGCGCCAAUGCAGUGACAUUGCAGAAGCAGAGCUUCACCUCAUGCAACCCCCACCUGGGUACCCUGUUUCUUCCAUCAAGCUCCAUGCCCAUGAAGCAAAGUUUCUAGCUUCAAAGAUAACCUGGGAGUUCGGUAGUGGGGUUCUUUUCUAUGAUCGCCUUAACAAUGGUUUAACGCUUGCAGAUGCAAUUGGAUUCAAGGGUUGCAGAGAAAUUGAAGGGCCUUUUGUUGAUUACCUUGGAGAGCAAUUUGGGAAGCCUGUUCUGCUUUCAGGACCUGUCAUACCUGAGCCAUCCAACACUGUUUUGGAGAAAAAAUGGGCUGAAUGGCUUGGAGGAUUCAAGCAUGGUUCAGUAGUUUUCUGUGCAUUGGGAAGUGAAUGGAGGUUACCACAAGAUCAAUUUCAAGAACUGUUGUUGGGUCUUGAGCUAACAGAUCUGCCAUUUUUGGCAGUUUUGAAACCUCCUGUUGGGUGUGAAACAGUUGAAAUUGCUCUGCCAGAAGGGUUUAGAGAGAGGGUUCAAGGGAGAGGGGUUGUGGAGAGUGGGUGGAUUCAGCAGCAGCUGAUUUUGCAACACCCUUCUGUGGGUUGCUUUGUGACACAUUGUGGGGCUGGUUCAUUGACAGAGGCACUGAUGAGUAAGUGUCAGAUAGUGUUGUUGCCACAGCUUGAUGCUGAUCACAUUGUUAAUGCAAGGAUGAUGGGUGGAAACUUGAAGGUUGGGGUUGAAGUGGAGAAGGGUGAAGAAGAUGGGUUGUUCAAAAAGGAAAGUGUUUGUGAAGCUGUGAAAAUUGUGAUGGAUGAUGAGAGUGAGGUUGGCAGAGAAGUAAGGGAAAAUCAUAGCAAAGUGAAGAACCUUUUACUCAGCUACAAUUUGGAGUCAGACUCUAUUGAUUGUUUCUGCAAGAAGCUACAAGAUUUACUAAAGUGACCAAAUUUAGAAAAUUAUCUGCUGCAAUUUAUUGUUAUGGUUAAAUAUGUUUAAUGAAAAUUGCGUUUAUUUUGAUCAAUCUAUUCGGCUGUGGUUGUUUGUCCUGUCUCAAUUGAGUCAUAUAAUGUAAAGUGGCCUACAAUUCAAAACACCACCCAUCCUUGCAGACUUACAAA